UAUAAGGGUUCCUCCUUUCACAGAAUUAUUCCAGGAUUCAUGUGCCAGGGUGGUGACUUCACAUGCCAUAAUGGCCCUGGCAGCAGGUCCAUCUUUGGGGAGAAAUUUGAGGAUGAGAACUUCAUCCUGAAGCAUACAGGUCCUGGCAUCUUGUCCAUGGCAAAUGCUGGAGCAAACACAAGUUCCCAGUUUUUUAUAUGAACUGCCAAGACUGAGUGGCUGGAUGGCAAGUGUGUGGUUUUUGGGAAGGUGAAAGACGGCAUAAACAUUGUGGAAGCCAUGGAGCAUUUUGUGUCCAGGAAUGGCAAGACCAGCAAGAUAAUCACAAUUUCUGACUGUAGACAACUCUAA